AUGACACAAUUCAAAAAUAAUAAUUAUUAUGACGAUAACAGCAAAAGCAAUAAUAAUAUAUUAACAGUUGGAUUAGAGGCAAAUAAUACCAAUAGUGAAGAUGUGGCAUUAUCAACGGGGUGGUCAACAUUUACCACAUCAUUGGCAACAAAUAUAAUUAUCGGGACAGUUAUUAUGCUUUUGUUUUUCUUUCUGCGUAUAAUCUAUAAGAAUUUUUAUAAUGCAAGAAUGUUAAGAGGCCAAAACAAAGAGACAAGUAAAGAUGUAUCCUUGGUUAACUCGCCAAUCCGUUGGAUAACCCAUACAUUAUUUUAUCCAUUAGAAAUGAUUUACGAACAUAGAGGUAUCGAUGCCUAUAUUCACCUUCAGUUUUUAUAUCUUUGUAUGAAAAUGAUUUUCAUUCUAAUGAUAUUUGGUAUUGGAAUUCUUUUACCGAUCAACUAUACAUCAAUUGAUUCAGAGACCGAAGAGAAAUUAAAUGUAACUUUAAAUACUUUAGAUACAGUAACUGUUGGUACAAUCCCACCAAAAUCUAGACGUUUAUGGGCUCAUGCACUUUCUAUUCCAUUAUUCACUUUCAUAGCAUUUUAUUUAUUCCAGAGAACAAAUCAAAUCUAUUUAGAAAAAAGAAUUAGAUGGAUGUCAAAACACAACGAAAGAAAUUAUACAGUUUUAGUAACAGAAAUGAGCAAGUCAAUUAGUAAUGCAGAUAAAAUGAGAGAGUUUUUUGGUAAAUUUUUUGAUAGUAAAGCAAUUUUAUCAUGUCAUAUGAUCUACAAAGAGAUGAAAUUAAGAUCAUUAUGGAGAAAGCAUAAGCAUGUGCAAAGGUCUUUGGAACGUGUUUUAUCAGAAUCAGAUAUUAAAGGUGUACCACCAACAAGAGCUGUAGGUUGGAGACCUGGUAUGUUUGGUGGAAAAACAGUCAAUAGUAUCGAGUAUUAUACAAAGAAAUUGGAAGAUGUAGACAAGUUAUUACGUGUAGCACAACAAGAUGUACAUCAACGUCAAGAUUAUUCUAUUCCUUCGCUUGAGUGGAGAUUUGAUAAUAUAACACCUACAAAUAUUAAGAAAUGGGCAGAAAGAGCAUCAAAUGUUGGUUUUAUAACAUUUUCUAGAAUGUCUUAUGCCUCUCAAGCUACUCAAUGUUUAUUCUCUAAAGAUAUCAAUAAAUUUAUAGUAACUCCGGCACCAGAGCUUAAAAAUAUAAGAUGGAAGAAUAUGAUAGUACCAAAUCGAAGUAGAUUUAUCCGUAGAGCAAUAAGUUCAGCUAUAUUCUUUGUAAUCUUUUGUUUCUAUACUAUUCCAGUAACAGCAAUCAGUGCUAUCAGUAAUAUUCAAACCCUUUCAAAAGUACCAGUUCUCAAUUGGUUACUCGACGUUGUACAGUUAAACGAUACUCUUAGAGGCUUUGUUGAAGGUUAUCUUCCAUCAUUGGCUUUAGUUGCAUUUAUGGGUCUAUUACCAUUGUUUAUCAAACUAAUUGUUAGAUUCAACAAAGAAACCACCCGUACAAUGUUUUAUCAUAAAGUUUUCACUACUUAUUGGGCUUUUCUAGUUAUAAAUGUAUUCUUGGUUGUAUCGAUUGCUGGUUCUGUUCUUGGUGUUUUAUUCAAGAUGCUAGAGGAUUUAACCCUUAAAGAUAUUGUAACUCUUUUAGGUCAAUCUUUACCAAAACAAUCAUCGUUCUUUAUCAACUAUAUUUUAGUACAGGCUUUAACCUCAGUACCUAUAGAUAUAGUUAGACCAAUCGAAUUAAUUGCAGGUAUUAUUAGAUCAUCGAGAGAAUCAUCAUAUGGACAGAAAAUGAAAGCACUUUCACAUGAUGACCCAACAGCACUCAACUCAAUCAAGUAUAGCAGAGAAUUACUUAUUUUUGUCAUCACUCUUUCUUAUUCAACAUUAUCACCUUUAAUUUUACCAUUUGGUCUUCUUUAUUUCCUUAUCGAUUUCUUUGUAUCAAAAUAUAAUCAUUUAUACUCUUUUUGCCCUAAAUAUCAAUCUGGUGGUUUAAUCUGGCAAUUGGUUUUUAAUCGUCUUUGUAUAGGUUUGGUCAUUUAUCAAAUUACCGCCAUUGGUUUGUUUGUUUUAAAAACUUUUAUUCCAGGUAUCGUAAUUAGUUUUAUUAUGCCAUUUAUUACUCUUUUCUUUUGGUGGAGAAAUGUAAGAAGGUAUAAAAGAGCAUCUCAAACAUUAAGUUUAGAUAUUUGCCCAGAAGAAGAUUACUUUGGAACCGAGUUUAUGAACAGUUAUCAAGAUCCAGUACUCUCAAUAGCAGAUCUUGAUGUAUUAGAUAUACAUGGUGUGUAAAGUAGAUAUGAAACU